CAGAGCAGAGAUAUACAGGGAAAACGAGUCUCGCAAAGCCCUGCCCCUGACUAAUCCAGAAGCACACAGAGGUAGAGCAGAGCAGGAGGGAGUGUUUGUUUUUUGCCUUUUCUUCUCUGAUUACACGUCAGACAGCAGAGCUUGAGAGUUUUUGGCUUUGCUCUUCUGUGCCGUGCUGUAGUACCUGGCAAACACUGAAAUGGCUGCUUUGCCUGCUUACUAAUUGGGACAUUACAUUUUUCUUUCUAAAGAUUCAUUUUCUGGCAACUGGUUUCAGGAAUUUUUUAAGAACAAUAACAAAUAGCAGCUGAGCCAUCAAGGUCUAUUAAACGGUGAGCAGGAACAAGACUCCAUUCAAGACAAACAGGUGUUUCCUGAAGUGCUAACAGCUCACCUCAGAUCUUGUUCUCCUAAAAUGGCAGAGAGCCCAUCAGACACACACUCGAUAUCCAGCCUGCCCUGGUACAUUGCUGGCUCUCAGAUUGUUGGUUUAACCGUGGUCGUCAUUACUGGGGUUUGGAUGGGUCACUACAGAGGUGGCUACGAAUGGACCAAUCCAGCGCUAGAAUUCAACAUCCAUCCUCUCUGCAUGGUCAUUGGAAUGGUGUACCUCUAUGGAGACGCUAUCCUUGUGUACAGGGUGUUUAGAAAUGAAAAGAAGAGGACUACAAAAAUCCUGCAUGGUGUAAUCCAUGUCAUUGCACUUGUGAUCUCCAUUGUAGGUUUCACAGCUGUGUUUGAUUCGCACUCCAAGAGCGGCAUUACUCACAUGUACUCCCUGCACAGCUGGUGUGGGAUGAUGACCUUCAUCAUCUUCUGUGUCCAGUGGGUAAUGGGCCUGACGUUCUUCCUGUUUCCUGGAGCAGCCUUCUCUCUACGUAGCUGGUAUAUUCCUCUGCAUAUUUUUUUUGGGCUGGGGCUGUUUGCCCUCUCCAUUGGCACUUGCCUGCUCGGUGUUACAGAGAAGGUGAUGUUCAGUAUUAGUAGUGAAUACUCCAAAUUAUCUUCAGAAGGUGUAUUGGCCAAUGUGUUAGGACUACUGCUGGUGAUUUUUGGUGUGACCGUGGGCUAUGUCACCACAAGAGAAGAAUGGAAACGCCCCCCUAAUCCGGAAGAGCAAGCCCUCUCUAUGGACUUUAAGACUUUCACUGAAGGGGAGGACCUUGGAUCACCCUGAGCCUGGUGUUGGUCUGAGGCCUUUACCUUUAAUGUGUUAAAGUAACUAACUAUCCUUGUGCUGGAACUUCAGUGUGUGCCAUGAUGAAGCCAAUUACUUAAUGCAGUCAAAAUGCUGCUAAAAGACAGAGGUAAAAAUGGUAGUUUUUAGACCAUAUUUUCACGUAUUUUGCUUGUUUUGACUUUACUUCCCAAGAGUUGUUUGUUUUUGAUAUGUGUACUCCAUAUCCAGUAGUCCUUACAGCACUUUAGCCAUAUCACAGAUACUGGGAAAUCUUCAAAGGAUGCUGAGAAAUUACAAAUCAGUUACAUCAGGGCAUACUGCGAAGAAUUUGGCUUAAGCCCAUUUAAGGAUUCACACAUCCCUUGGAACUUGAGACACAUGGCUCCAUGGAGAUUCCCUUAGCUGCAGAUUACUUUUCCACAUAUCUACUGACUUUUAUGUUCAAGGGUAGCUGAUGGCCUUCGUUUGUUCUAUAUAAGCAUGUAUGACAUUCGACCACACUCAUUUGUGUAGUAUUUUUUUUUUCUAUGUAAUAUAUUCCCCAUCUUAAAUAGGUUUUACAUUUACUGUAAUUAAUUUAAUUAAUUGGGCACCUUCACAAAUUCAACAAGCCAUCAUGAUUUUACAUCGUAGAUUAACAGAAUUUAUGACCAGAUGUUCUCCGUAUUACUGCUACACAAUGCAAUUAUGUUUCGUAAAAUGCACUUUAUAAAGGGGAAAAAACAAAGCAUAUUUAUAAAAAAUUGAGCGCACACUUGGGCACCGAAGACACAGUCAUGCUGGAGCUGCUGCCAUGAACAGACUCCUAAUUCAGUAUUUCUGUUUGAAACAUGUUCUGUCCUGUCAUGGAGCCUGUUGACUUCUUACCAACAUUUUUAGAGUUUUGUGUUGUGACUUUGGGUUGAGCUAACGACAGGGUGUUGGUUAUUUAUGGAGACUAAUAUUUUUCUACCAUUUUAAUGUUUUCAUCUGCAGCUUUUUGAUAUAAACCAAAGUAGCCCUUGUUUCCUCUGUUAAUGAGUGCUAGCCAAAGUGCCAUUUUGGGAAAUAAAAGUCCUUCAAGUAAAGAGGACUUUACACCCCAGUUGUCAGUUUUAGUAUUUUGUAUUGGUGCAGCAUAAAUGAGAAGACUCCAAAUGAAACUAGCAGCAGAUGGCACAUUGUUUGUAAAACAUUUAAUUCUCUCUGGAUUUCAAAGAAUACCUGAAGUCCUUCCUGCCUGUCCCUUCUGAUUCCUGUGUGUAGUAACGACUCUUCAUGGCUCUGCAUUGUAUUGUCUGUUCACUGUCGUGAUUCUGCUGUUAAACAAGUCAUCUGCGUAUUUAUUGAGAUGCUACUGCUGUUGAUAUGUUGCGGGAUUUGUAAAAGUGAUCAUGUUAUAUGUACAGCUAAAUAGAGUACAUCUGUCAGACAAUGACCAAUGUCUUUAUAGUAUAAAAUAAGAUGGGACCAGAAAAUA